CGAACGUGUAAUAAAUAUAUAUACUUUUGAUUAUCAGUGUCAGAAAAUCAUAUGUUUCAUAGAUCAAUCCAAAAUUAUUGUGGGCACAUCCAGCCUCCAUCCACACAAAUUAAAAAUUCCUAUCUUUCCUACUUAAAUUCCGUUGCUAUUACGAUACGAACAGGGUAUUGCACAGUUGGUUGCACCCGACUGAAACUUUCUUACAAGCUUGUCAACAGUCAAAAUUCGAAUAAGAGCUGAAUUAGUUUUCAUUGCGUUCUGUUUGGAUGUUCUUCUUAUUGGAUGUUCUUCUUAUUGGAUGUCAUAUAUUAGAGUCCACAACGCGAUCUCAUUUUUCAUAGAGUCCACAUUUUGGUACAAAGAGUAAAUAGCAGAGAGCGUAAUGUCUGCAAACAGUCUGGAAAGACGAUGUGUAGAUUGUGUAGCUGGGCAAGUUCAAUGAUGUGUGUAAACAGCUGGGCACAGGUGUUCUACGUGCUGCUGUAAUAUGCCAGCGCAGUUGUUGGGUAAGCCUUCAUUACAGCCACACGACAAGCUGGAGAUGCGAAUAGGUUUACUGCUCCUCCUCCUCCUGCUGCUGGGCAACUGUGCGGCUGGAGGCCUAGAUAAAGUGGGUCGGGGGCGUGUGCCACGUGUGGUGGGUGGCCAGCGCAUCGAGGUGAACACGCAGCCGCAUAUGGUGAAUAUCAGGCGACGCGGUGACUUUCAAUGCGGCGGGUCGCUGGUGAGUCCACGUUGCGUGCUCACCGCGGCCCACUGUCUGCAGGCACCGGAGCACCAGGCCGCGGAUUAUGUGGUGCGCGGUGGGGUGACCUAUUUGAGGGAUAUGCGGAAUGCGCGCUAUGUGAACCGGAUACUCCUACCGAUUGGCUAUAAUCGGAGCACGCUGGAUCAGGACGUGGCGUUGCUGCAGCUGCAGAAUCCGCUGCAGGGAGCGCACAUAGAGCCCAUACGUCUGGCCAGGCAACCGCCGCGACCCGGCAGCUAUGUGCGCGUCUCCGGCUGGGGUCUGACCGAUGAGCGCUCCCGCCAGCUGCCCAAUCAGCUGCACAGCGUCCAGGUGAAAGUGCUGUCGCGCCCCAAGUGCCAGCAGCUAUAUCUGGGCUACAGGAAUCUGACAGAGAGCAUGUACUGCGCCUCGGUGGCGGGCCACAAGGAUGCCUGCGACGCUGACUCCGGCGGACCGGCGGUCAAUGCCGAAGGCCAGCUGGUGGGCAUUGUCUCCUGGGGCCGGGCGGAUCGCUGCGCACGCGAGGACAGCCCGGGCGUGUAUACGAGCGUGCCGCAUCUCUACGACUGGAUAGCCCACAAUAUGCGCAUAUAUUGCCACUGAGCUGCGUCUGUCUGCGUCUCCACUUAGGAUUAGUUAGGCCGUUGAGUAUUAAAGUGAAAACUGUGCCCUGA